AACGGCCAUAAUCUCUUUUAUUAUGGUCAAUAUUCGAAUGUCCCGCGCAUGCACCGAGCACGCCUCUACCGGAAAACAUAUCGACGAGCUCCUUUUCCCUGUGUUUUGCGAACGUGAAUGGUUCACCAGUAAACACAAAACAAAUCGAAGCCAUGGUGCGUAUGAACGUAUUGAGUGACGCUCUGAAAUCCAUAAACAAUGCCGAGAAACGUGGAAAGAGGCAGGUACUCAUCAGACCAUGUUCAAAAGUGAUCGUUAAAUUCCUGACAGUGAUGAUGAAGCAUGGUUACAUCGGCGAAUUCGAAAUCGUUGACGAUCACAGAAGCGGUAAAAUUGUGGUGAAUUUGACCGGCCGUUUGAACAAGUGCGGCGUGAUUUCACCCCGUUUUGACGUACCGAUUACACACAUUGAGAAAUGGACCAACAAUCUGUUACCUUCGCGUCAGUUUGGAUAUGUUGUAUUGACGACAAGUGGAGGUAUUAUGGACCAUGAAGAAGCCAGAAGGAAACAUCUUGGAGGCAAAAUCCUUGGAUUUUUCUUCUAAUGUAAAGUUAUUUAAUAAACUUUAAUAAAAAAGUGCUGUUUUUAUGUUAA